GCAUGCUCGGUCAAUUCGUCAGUAGUGUACUCGUGGGCCUCGGAUAGAGUGAACAUUAUACCCGUGUAUGUAUUCGAUCCAAACAAAAUGUUCCUCAUAUUAGUGAUAAUUGGUUUAGUGGCACUUUAUUUCUACGGAACGCGGACAUUUAACUACUGGAAAUCAAGAGGCAUUAAACAUGAUAAACCAGUACCUAUUUUUGGAACGAACUUAAAACAGUUCAUGCAACAGGCCAGUAUGUGCAUGAUGGCUACUGAAAUGUACAACAAAUAUCCAGAGGAAAAAGUUGUCGGAUUCUACAGAGGUACUGAUCCAGAAUUAGUGAUAAGAGAUCCAGAAAUUAUUAAAAGGAUCCUUACGACAGACUUUCAAUGUUUCCACUCAAGAGGCCUUACUUACCACAAGACUUGUGUCGAACCCCUGUUAAGGAAUAUUUUCUUUGCUGACGGAGACUUAUGGCGUUUGAUCCGACAGAGAUUUACUCCUGCUUUCAGUACAGGCAAGUUGAAGGCAAUGUUCCAUAUCAUCACAGACAGAGCAGAGAAAUUGCAGGUUAUCACAGAAGAGGUCGUUGAUAGGGAAUAUUAUGACGCCAGAGAACUCAUGGCCAGAUACACAACAGACUUUAUCGGUGUCUGCGCUUUCGGGAUUGACAUGGACUCUUUGAGCGAUGAAAACUCUCACUUCCGAAAAUUAGGUAAAAGAAUUUUCGAAAGAAGGUUCAGAGAUGCAGUAGCCGGUGCCUUGAAGAUUAUGUUCCCUGAAGUGUUCAAGCACAUGCAUUUCCUAGCACCCGAGUUAGAAACCAACAUGAAACAUUUAGUGCAGACUGUGCUUAAGAACAGAAACUACAAGCCAUCAGGUAGAAACGAUUUCAUUGAUCUAAUGUUAGAGCUCAGAGAAAAGGGAAAAAUUAUUGGAGAGUCUAUUGAACACAAAAAUCCAGAUGGUACUCCAAAAAUUGUGGAUUUGGAAAUGGACGAUUUACUAAUGACAGCUCAAGCGUUUGUAUUCUUCGGAGCUGGGUUCGAAACGUCAUCCACUGCCUCAAGUUACACUUUACAUCAGUUAGCGUUCCACCCAGAAUAUCAGAAAAAGGUACAAGAAGAAGUGGACACUGUGUUAGCCAAACAUAACAAUAAACUGACCUACGAUGCUAUCAAGGAGAUGAAAUAUUUGGAGAUGGCAUUUUAUGAGUCCAUGAGAAUGUAUCCAUCGGUUGGGUACUUGAUCCGACAGUGCUGUGUACCUAAAUAUACGUUCCCAGAAAUUGAUUUGACGAUCGACGAUGGCCUUAAAGUAAUGAUACCUAUACAAGCUAUCCACAGAGAUGAGAAGUACUUUAGAGAACCAAACAAGUUUGACCCUGAAAGGUUUAGUGACGGCACAAAGGAGGAUAUUAAGAACUUCGUGUAUUUGCCUUUUGGAGAGGGCCCACGAUCCUGUGUUGGUGCCAGACUAGGACAGAUGCAGUCAAUGGCUGGUCUUGCAGCAGUUCUACAGAAGUACUCUGUAGAACCAGCAGCUUGCAGUCGCCAGGAACCAUUGCCUGAUCCAGCUGGAAUUGUCUCCGAAGGUUUUGUUGGCGGUCUACCGCUUAAAAUAAGGAGACGAGUGAAAUAGCUUCAAAAACCUUACUAUUAUUUUUAAUAUAGACUGACUUUUUAUCUUUACGUAAAUACUGCUUUAAAGAAGGAGUAUUAUUACUGUUUUUAUUAGCUCAAAAGUAACUUUUAUUGUGAUGUAAAUUAAGAUUGAGUUUACCAAUUGACCAUAAAAUAUUACAUAACAAUGACGCCAUGACCUUGCUAAAAUUGAUGUAAUUAUUUUUAUUUACUUGAUUAUAGUAUCUAAAUUAUUUAUUAAAGGGAUAAAAAAGACCUGUUAAUUUGUAUAGUAAUUGUAAUAAAAUACUUACCAUUGAUA